GCUAUCGCGGAGUAAAAACUUCAGCCGCCCCCCCACCCCCCCCUUCCUCCUCCUCCCCCGGUGCCGGCCGGCGCGGAGCAGCGCGGGGUGCGGACAGAGCGCGGCGGCCCCAUGCCGCCAGGCGGGCCGGGGCCAGCACCGGGGGUACCCCCCGGUGACACCCCCCGGAGCCCCUGCCGCUUUCCCCCGGGCUGAGCCCGCAGGAGUUGCCGCGCUCGCCGCCCGAGGAGGAUCGCUGUGAGCCUCCCUGCAGGCAGGUGAUCUGUCUGCCAUUUCUGGUUACCCUUCUUCCCACCUCCUCCGCCUUUCUUCCCCCCCGGCUGGACAACUCCCUCCUUUGGAGAACACGCCCAAGUAGCUGAAGAAGAGAGAAAGGGAGGAAAAAAAAAAAAAAAAAAAAAAAAAAAAAAAAAAAGAAGGGAAGAAGGGGGGGCUGGGGGGGGGGUGGUGGUGGAAGAGAGGGAGAUAGUUAACAUUGAGCCCGGAGCUGCUGGCGCUCAGGAGGAUCCCGCAGCCCCAUACAUCGCCAGCAAUAAAGCGCUACGUGUGACAGGCAUACAAAUCCGGGAUAGAGGGAAGAGCGGGGCAGGCGGAGCGCCGGGUGCGGAGCGCCCCGGGCCUGGGCCAUGCUGAGCGGGCGCGGGGGCUCGGCAGCGCGGUGUGGGGCGCGGCGGGGGCUGCCCCUCUCCCCCGCGCGGCCGUGACCCGCAGCGGCCCCGCCAGCCACGGCCCCGGGCCGGCAGCGCGGCACGCAUCGUUUCGCAUGUUGGUCUGAGACACGGCAAGCAAGGAAUAUGAACAGGAAAACAAGGCGCUGGAUCUUCCACAUCUUCCUGAGCCUGGGGAUUGUGUACAUCAAGAUCGGGGGUUUUUCCUCUGUGGUGGCCCUGGGAGCCAGCAUCAUCUGUAACAAGAUCCCGGGUCUUGCCCCCCGGCAGCGGGCGAUCUGCCAGAGCAGGCCCGACGCUAUUAUCGUCAUUGGGGAAGGGUCCCAGAUGGGCAUCAACGAGUGCCAGUUCCAGUUUCGCAACGGGCGCUGGAACUGCUCUGCCCUGGGAGAGAGGACCAUCUUCGGGAAGGAGCUGAAAGUGGGUAGCAGAGAAGCAGCAUUCACAUAUGCCAUCAUUGCUGCUGGAGUAGCACAUGCAAUCACGGCAGCCUGUACACAGGGCAACCUGAGUGACUGUGGUUGUGACAAAGAAAAACAAGGACAGUACCAUAAAGAGGAAGGAUGGAAAUGGGGAGGCUGCUCUGCUGACAUCCGAUAUGGAAUAGGAUUCGCCAAAGUGUUUGUGGAUGCCCGGGAGAUUAAGCAAAAUGCAAGGACGCUCAUGAACCUGCACAACAAUGAGGCUGGGCGGAAGAUUUUAGACUUGAAGUCCCAGCACACAUUAGACAUCUCGCCUUUGAGCUGGACUUGGCUCCUUCACUGCAGGCUGCCAUUUCCAGCAGCAGCCAGUGAUGGCAUCUGGAUGAUUCUGGAAGAAAACAUGAAGUUAGAGUGCAAGUGCCAUGGGGUCUCAGGAUCCUGUACCACUAAAACAUGCUGGACAACUCUGCCUAAAUUCCGGGAGCUGGGCUACAUCCUUAAGGACAAAUACAAUGAAGCUGUUCAAGUUGAACCAGUGAGAGCAAGUCGUAACAAGCGUCCAACCUUCCUCAAAAUAAAGAAGCCACUUUCCUAUCGCAAACCCAUGGAUACAGAUUUAGUGUACAUAGAAAAAUCUCCCAAUUAUUGUGAAGAAGACCCUGUCACUGGCAGUGUGGGAACACAGGGAAGGAUGUGUAACAAGACAGCCCAGCAGUCCAAUGGCUGCGAUCUGAUGUGCUGUGGCCGAGGUUACAAUACACACCAGUACUCAAGAGUGUGGCAGUGCAACUGCAAAUUUCAUUGGUGCUGCUAUGUUAAAUGCAACACAUGCAGUGAAAGAACAGAAGUAUAUACCUGUAAGUGAGUACAUGGCUGGGCAGGUUGACAUGUCCCUGGCCAUGAAUACAUUUGCACAUGCACUCAACGUACCUACUGUAGGAAAGACCUGCUCUCCCUGAAGAAAUGCUGAUGAAUGGAGCCCUCUCUUCUCAUAUUUCAUUGCUUAUGUGGAUACACAUUUCAGACUCUUACAAAAGUCAGUCAAGAAACAAAACCAAACAAACCCCACCCUGAGCCACCUGACACACAAAACAGAGAGAAAAAGAUAAUCUCAAACAAUCUGCACCUCUAAAGCAAGAAGCAUUGACUGCCUUGUGAAGAGUCACCAGUCAGAGAAAAAUCUCAGUGUGGCAACUAACUCUUGGUUUGGAAAAAAGAUGAUCAAAAACUUCAGUCUAUAAGGAGCAGGGAGGGGUAGGAGAGAAAUACUCAAAAAAGGGCUUUGCCCAGGAUGGGAUGGACAGUACCCCAUCGUGAAUUGCCCAUGUGAGUGCGUGGAUAACACAAAUUUAGGCUUCUACACUUGUGAAAAGCUUCUGCUGGUCUUGACCAUCUCUCCAUGUCAUAUACCAUUUGCUACAGCAAGUAGAACUGCUGAAGUUUUCUGUAGACACUGCUUUAUCUGCCUUUUUUUUGUGUGUGUGUGCUGCAGAUUUUAGCACAGUGAUUUGGGACACUUGGGCAUAAUAAUAGCAAUAUUUAACAAUUUAUUCAGAUAAAACUAAUAUUAAUUUAUUUAAUUAAAAAGAACUCUACCGACAUUUUUCGAACUAUUCUGCAAUUAAAGUAGAUAGCUGGCUUUGUGGAAUAAUUUUGUAGAAAAAACAAGGAAAAACUGGAGCUGUAUAUAUUAUUCUUAACUAGGAUAUUUCUAUUAGUUGGACUUGCAGAAUAUGUUCUACAAUACUAGAUGUUUAAGUACAAAAGCUGGCGUCUUUAUAUAUAUGUACAUACACAAACACACACUGUUUUGGGGGGUUUUUUGUUUGUUUGUUUGUUUUUUCUCCUGUUUGCUGCUAGUUGUCUGGAACAAAAGUCACAUGGUAGGGGUUACAAAUCUUUACCGGUUUGUUGUUUUGUUGUUUUGUUUUGGUUUGUUUUUUUCUUUGAUUAAUGAAAGAAACAUUAAUAAAAUCCUGUUUGGAAUGUGUCUAAAAAUAAGAAAAUCCAGACAAACGUCCAUCUUUUGGAAAAAUCAACCAUAAGAUAAGAGAGUAUAUUUUGUAAAAAACUAUUUUUAUAUAAAUAUUUUAUUUAUACUACGUCUGCUUGUUCAACCUGUACUUUUUCUCAAAACAGGCAUACAAUUUGUAAUUCCUAGGCUGUUUAACAGAGAAAGGGUAAUUAGUUUGUGGACACAACAGCAGCAAGCUGGAUACAUUCAGCUGCAGUUGGUGGAUGUGUCAGAAAGCAGAAUGAACUUUCUCUCUGGAUGUGUGUACAAACCGGCUCUUUUCCUGCAGCUCAAUUUGCAGAAUAUGCAAAACAAGAACAGGGUAUGUAGCAUCAAUUUUGUCACAUGGCUUGAAUUCAAGAUUGGUAUUAACUGGAUGCUCAUUUAUCCCAUUCAAGAAAAAAAAAAAUCCGAAUUAACUUCCCACAUGCGUCAGUCAUUAAACUGUGGCGUUAUGACUAGCAAAUGUGCUGUGUGUGCUGUCAGUUAAACCUCUAUAUUGUGUUACUGUCAAAUUUGAUUUUAAUCAGUGGAAGACUGUAGACUAUGACUGUAAAAACUAGCAUGACACACAUCGUCUGAUUCUCAUAGAUAGGAUACAAAGCUUACUUUUUGUUCAAUCCUUUUUGGCAUUUACAUUAUUCUUUCCCCCCAAAAGGCCAGAGCUCAAAACCCCAGAAAAACAUCUAGGCAAAUUUAAAGACUACUCACUUGUUUUUCAGAGCCCAGCUAAGCCAUUUUUGUGUUUUUGUGUUCCCUUUAUGGUAUUUCCAUGUUAUCACUGCUAAUUUCUUCAGAUAUUUGAGUGGUAGAUAUUUUUCUCUUUUAAGAAUCAUUCUGUUCCUUCUGCUUGACUCAUUUGUGACCGAUAAAAAAAUAAUCUAAUUUUAAUGUUUUUCAUUGGGUAAGAAACAUGGCAUGGUGUUACCAAUGAUAUUGUAUGUUCUCUCUGGGACAGGCCAGAUUGUCCCCUACUUCCAGACUACAGGAUCUCAUACCUCUGAUGAGGCUAAGAGGGGCAUCAGUAAAAGAGACAAACCACCAUCCAGUUUGUGGUGCAUUUCACUGACUCCUGUUAAUAACAGCAAGUGUUACAAGGAGUAGAUGGUAUAGAUAUAUCUUGUGUCCAUUGAGCUUUCUGAGGCAAAACUCCCAAAUAAGACUGCAAAAACAGAGAAAGUUUUCUGAGAAAGUAAACAGAAGCAUCACAAAAGGUGUUGCAAAGUUUCACUAUAACAACCUAGCCUUUUAGAACUUGUCUGAAUGUGGCAUGUUUUUUUUUUAAUUCACUUCUUGUAUAUAUGUUAUUUAUGUAAAACCACAUACCCAUGCAGUAUGUGAUCCUAGCAAUGUGUUAUUAGAGUUAAAUAUGCAAUUUCUUUGCAGACCUCCCACUUAACAAAAAAGAGGAUUUUUAUGAAAUUCAGACACCAGCAUGGGAUGUGAAAAUAAAAUUAUUAACAUAAUUUAGUUUCAAACAUAUGAUUUGUCAAUAUAAAAACAUUUUUUGGGUUAAUUGAGUCAUUGCUUUUAGUUCUAAAUUCCACACAUCAAGAAUUGAUAAGACAUAAAAGGCAGUAAAGUACAUGCAGUAUGGAUGUUAAUUACAGCACUAUAUUAUGGUUAAAUAAUUCAGAUCUAAUGUUUAAUAUUGGAAUAUCCUUUCCUCCCCCAUCACCCACACCCCCCGCCCCCCACUUUGUAUUUUUUUUUUUUUACUUAGUGGAUACCAUGUCAUAGUCAAAAAUGUGUUUUCUUCACCGAUUAGAGUUAUUUUACAAAUUAUUACUUUUGCAGCAUGUUUCUACCAUAGAAAAAUAAUCUGUAAAAUUCCUGCUUCCUGUAUAUUUCAGUAUGCAGUGAUGUGCAAUGUACAGCUAGCAGAUUAAUUAUUGAAGGACAAUUAUCUUUAAACAGUUUUACUCACAAUAAUAAAGAACUGGAUGCACAAUGAAA